UUUUUUUGUUUUUCUUUCCCCUCCUUUUUUAUUUUAUUUUGAGAUCUGACCAGUGUUAGAAAUGACUGACACUGAUAGAUCGCAAGAUAGUCAUCAUCAAGAUCAAACAAGUCAAGAUGACUUGCCUCCUACUAUUCCUUAUGAUUACACUAGUCCGUCUGAAGUAGAUCUCACUACGACCGCGACAACAACGACAACUACAACAGGAGAAAACGCUGCGCCUCCUACUGAGAACCACGAAACUUCACCAAACCUUUCAGGUACUCACUCUUCUUCAAACAACAACUCACUUUCUUUUUUAUCAUCGGAUUUCUCUUUUCAAAACUUCUCCAUUGGUUCCAUUAGUCAAACCAGUCAAGAUCAUGCUCAGUUGGAAAUGGAAGCUCGCCGACGAUUGUUUCGCUCUAAAAGUGAAGAUCUUGAUGCAGGACCAGUGAAAGGACGUAAAUAUGAUCGCCAUCGUUUGGAAACUGCAGUACAAAACAAGAAUUUGGAAAGAGGUUUCAGCGAUUUGACUGGUACUACUUCUACUCUUCCAUUACAAGGUUAUUCUGAUGUGGUUCCUCUUCGUGGAUCGAUUGAUCAAAAACAACGUGGUUACUUGGAACGCCAAUGGUCUAUCUCUGACAAGGAAAAAGAUAUCUCCGCGGAAUCACUUGGUUCAAGUAGUAUAUUGUCAGAUGCGGAAACAAUCUUGCUUUUGGAUGCUCAACAACGAUCAUACCAACAACCUAUCACGGAUACCUCUUUGUACUCUUAUACUGGUGGCCUUUCUGACAACACCAAUAGCAGCAACAAUGAUUCCUCUCAAUCUCAACAUCGAACAUCCCAAGGUUCAUCAGCACGACAACAUUCAUCGUCAUCAUUAUCAUCAUUAUCGCAGCCAUUACCAGCUAUUCCAGAAGAUACUGUGAACUCUCAAACAAAUGUUGAAAGCACUUUCCCUACUCAAGAUGUCAAACAAGAGGCCCAGUAUGAGAACAACCCUUCUUCUACUGAUCAAAGGCAUCAAUUGGUUCAACAAAGCAGCUCACUUUCGUCGUUAUCCCAAACCGUUCCCAGCUCUUUCCCGGAUCAAGACUUUGAUACCUUUCAAGAGGCAGUUUUACACCAUGAUCACCAUGACGACAACAUUGACAAAACUCCAGCAAAAGAGCAAUCGUCCAACGAACAAGAAAUGCGGAAAGAACAAAAUCAACUUCCAGCUUUGAAUCAAACACAUCAUCAAUUAGACGAUACCUCUUCAAAUGAAUUAUCACCAGAAAAUCAACCUAUAUCUUCGCUCAACAAUCAAACUGAUAUUCAUCAAAGUAGAUCCUCCACUCCUAUACCAACCAUACGUCGAUUACGCUCCAGCAAUAGAUUAUCUGUCUCCAAUUCUAUAGCAUCAACUCCUUUAAUCAUGCUGGCUUCAAGUAUUGGUGAUCGCAAGUCUCGAUACCAUAGAGCGAUCAAUGCAAUGGGAGCUACUGUUGUUUACAAUUGGGAACUCUGUACACAUUUGGUGAUUGACAGCAUUAAAAGGACUCCAAAUAUAUUAUGUGCUUUGGCCAGUGGGAAAUCCAUUGUAUCUGAAAAAUGGUUGAUUGCAUCCAUAGCAGCGUCUCAAUUUAUAGAUGAAGAAGAAUAUAUAUUAUUACGACAAAAAACUCCUAAUUUCUUUUCUAACAAGAAACUUUACUUUACUUCUUCCACUGGUAUCAAAAGAACCGACGCUCAAGACUUAGCCAAAGCUGCUGGUGCAAAGCUACGUGCAGAUGAACCAGAUUUACAAAAAGUGGACCCGAAUAUGAUUAUUAUCACCUCUGGAACAAUAAAAGAAGCUCAAGAUUAUGAUCAUGCUGGGUACAAAACAAUGUCAAGAGACCAAUUUUUGGAAUUAUAUGGACGUGAUGUGGAUAAUUGGAUGAAGUGACUUUAGAGUUUAUCAGUUAGCGUAGUCCUUUUUUUUUUUAUGAAUAAAUUGACUUUUUUUUUUCUUUUUACGUGAUAUGGAUCCUUAUUUUUAUAGGAAAGCUGUUGUAAUUCAAAACUUGAAUUUUAGACUAACUCAUUCGUGGAAACUGAAAGUAUCACGCCAAUGAGGAUGAUUAGGUAUGGCCGUAUAUGAAUACUCAUUUUUUUU